AUGCCCUCGUCAUUUUCGAAAUCUAAUGGUACCUAUGCUGCAUUAGCUACUGGAGCUAUUGCAGUUACAUAUGCUGGCACACAUGCAUAUAAAUCACGUAUUCAACGAUUACAUGAUGAUGGAAUCGAUCUAAAAAAUCAAACAGUUGAGAUCGAUCCUGUAGAACAUAUUCGUCGUUGUACCUUUUAUAAAGAUAUUGAUCUUUUCUCGUUCUAUAAAACAAUUUGUCCUAAUAUACAGACAUUAGGUGAUGUUUUUUAUAACGGUUAUUCGGCGUCGAGAAAUGGACCAUGCAUAGCCUAUGUUGAUCCAGCAAAACAAACGGAACCUCUAAAUUGGAUAUCCUAUUCAACAGCAUUAGAACGUAUACGUAUAAUAGGUUCUCAUUUAUGGACAGAAGCUAAACUAACUCCAAUGAAAUCAACAAUUGCUAUAAUAUCAUUGAAUCGUGCUGAAUAUGCAUUUGUUGAACAUGCCGGCUAUAUGUACGGAUUCAUUAUUCUUGGUCUUUAUACAUCGUAUGAUCCAGAAACGAUUUUAUCAAUAUUAGAAAAAACAAAAACAGAAGUAUUGGUUGUCGAUAAUUUAGAUCGUAUUGAAUCUUUUAAAAAUCAAUUGUUAGAAAAAACAUGUCUAAAAGAAAUUCUUAUUAUGGAUGAUGUAACAAGUAGUGAACAUCCAAAAAUUAAAAACAUUCCAAAAGUUUUAAAAACUAUGCAACAAUCCGAUGUUCGUCCACGUCCUAAAAUUGAUCCAGAUAGUAUAGCUUCUUAUAUUUUAACCAGUGGAACAACAGGUGAACCAAAACUUGCAAUGCUAUCCCAUGCAAACUUUCUAUCAACAGCGAAAGCUGGUAUUGAUCGUCGAGAACGAGCUAAUAUGGGUGCUGACCCUACUAAUAGACAUUGUUCAUUUUUACCAAUGGCACAUUUAUAUGAACGAUUAACACUAAUCAGUCAUUUUAUUCAUGGUGUACAAGUUGUUUUUUGUCCAAUUCCAGAAAAACUUUUUGAAUAUUAUCCAAUAGUAAAACCAACAAAUCUCUCAAUGGUACCUAGAAUUUUAAAUAAAGUCUAUGAUACCAUUAUGACUGAAGUAAAUAAAAGUAAAAUAAAACGUUUUCUUAUUUCACAAGCAUUACACAAUGAACAACCAACAUUAUUUUCACGUUUUAUUUUUCGAAAAAUAAGAAAAUUAUUUGGCGGAGAAGCUAUUGCUAUGCUAACUGGAUCUGCUCCGAUAACACCUGAAGUAUUACACUUUUUUCGUAUUGCACUUGACAUACCCGUUGUUGAAGCAUACGGUCAAACUGAAUCAACAGCUGCUGGCACAAGUACACAUGUUAUUGAUAUGUCAUGUGGUACUGUUGGUUCACCAGGAGCUGCAGUUGAAAUAAAACUUAUUGAUGUGCCUAGUACCAACUAUCGAAGUAGUAAUAAUCAAGGGGAAAUUUGUAUACGCGGGCCAUGCAUUUUUAAAGGUUAUUAUGGUGACGAAGCUAAAACACGUGAAACUAUUGAUGAAGGUGGUUGGCUUCAUACAGGCGAUGUUGGCGAAUGGACAAGUACUGGUGCCUUACGUAUUAUUGAUCGUGUAAAACAUAUAUUUAAACUAAGCCAAGGUGAAUAUAUUGCACCUGAACGUCUCGAAGAUGGUUAUAUUCGUUCUCGAUGGAUAGCACAAAUAUUUGUUGAUGGAAUAUCAACAGAAUCAGCUGUUGUAGCAAUUGUUAUACCCGAUGAAGAAUAUGUACGAAGUCACUUUCGAACGGCAAACUCAAAUAUGUCAUUGGACGAGAUAUGCAAAGAUGAAAAGCUAAAAGAAAUUAUUUUAACAGAUUUAAAACGAUUAGCUAGAGAAUAUAAAUAUCGUCAUUAUGAAACAGUUGUUAAUAUUCAUCUUCAUCCAGAACUAUUGUCACAAGAAAAUGGUCUUAUUACUUCAACAUUUAAAACUCGACGAACAGCAACUCGACAAUACUUUCAACAUAUUAUUCAUUCGCUUUAUCAAGCUAGUGAUAGAAUAGAAAAGCCGAAAAAUGUUGAAGAACAAUCAAAGUUAUAA